AUGGCCGAAGAACAGACUCCCGGGCCCGAACACCAAACACCGAGUCUACCUGCGUCGCCCUUGCCGAAGCGGACCAAAUUCUCUGAGCCAGCACCCAACCUUACAGUCGCUUGUGAGUUUCCACAUAUCCGUAUUGGGACAUCACUGACAGGCCGAAAGCCAUUCUGAACGAUCAGGCACCCACUCCUACACCCGAGACCGCCUCGAUACCGAAUGCGCUGUCCGAGAUGUCUGCAAACGUGCCGGCUACAAGCUUCAACCCACCACCGCCAAGUAGCUUCCUCCCCUCCAUGCCGCCAAUGCCCUUGGAGCCGCCUCCACCAGCGCUGCAAGUCAAGCUUCUCUCCGAGACUGCGAAAGCGCCAACACGUGGCUCGGCUCACGCUGCGGGCUACGAUCUGUACGCCUCGAAAGAAGCCGUUGUGCCAGCAAGAGGGAAGGUACUCGUAGACACAGACAUCAGCAUUGCGGUCCCGGCCAACACAUAUGGAAGAGUCGCUCCUCGCAGCGGUCUUGCAAGCAAGCACAGCAUUGAUACGGGCGCUGGUGUGAUUGAUGCGGACUAUAGGGGACCUGUCAAGGUGCUCCUGUUCAAUUUGAGCGAUGUGGACUUCCAGGUUGCUGUUGGGGAGAGAGUCGCACAGUUGAUUGUAGAGAGAGUAAGCUGGAUCACACGAGGCCGCCACUAACAAACAAUUGAGCUAAUGUGAUGUUAGAUCUACACUCCAGAAGUCCUUGUCGUGGACCAGCUAGAGGAGACGGUUCGCGGUGCUGGAGGCUUUGGCUCUACUGGUGGCUUCGGCGGCACUCUUCCUAACAUUGCUGCCAAUGGCAAGCCAUUGGCAGCUUCUUGGGCUCCUGCGCCCUGA